AUGGCCAUCUGGGGAUCCUCAAGCUCCAACUCCGCGUCCUCCAGCGAAGCGGACAUCAAAACCCACCUCAUGAACCAAGUGCGGCAAGAAGCCGCCGUGACCAACGCCCGGAAUCUGAUCGGGAAAGUCAACGAACACUGCUUCGAAGCCUGCGUCCCCAACCCGGGCACAUCGCUGUCCUCCGCCGAACACACCUGUCUCUCGCAGUGCAUGGAGAAGUACAUCUCCUUCUGGAACGCCGUCAGCCGUGGCUACAUUUCGCGUCUCGCAAACGAGAGGAAGGCGUACGGUGGUGGUGCCCUUGACCCAUCGUUUAUUCAAUCUGGGCAGGAAUCCAGCCUGUGA